UGUUUUUCUUGAACUCCACAAGAGGGCCUACAGUGUUUACGUUUUCAUACAGACAGGCGCAUGCUCCAACGCGGGGGUAUAGGACAGAGAGGGUGGGGGGGAGUGGGGCAGAGGGUGAGCGCCUCUAUUCUUGUCUUCCACGGCAGUAUCUGGAACCGGUAGCCAGUGCAAACGCUUAAAGAGACACAAAGGACCCAAAAGGAUGUCAUAAGGAUGCGACAGAUCAGGAGCUGCCAGAGACAAGUAUUACAUUAGAUUUUUACACAUUAAAUAAAGCAGGUCUGUAGUUGCGGUGGAGAGAAGUAUGAAAACUACAAUCUUUCUUUGUCUGCAAAACCUCAAUGAAUGAAGAAACAGACAGUGGUGUAUUUUCUUCAUCACGGGAAAGGGAAAAAGCUAUUCUUUAGCCAUUUUGAAGAUUUUUUCCCCUUGAAACAUAAAAACAAUCUGUUAAGCAGUGAUGAGGAGGAUUAAGGAGACAAAGCAGCAGCUGUGAAUCCAGGACUUUGAGUUCACAUCCACCGAUCUCAAAAUCUGCUUAUGAUGACAAGAGAGACAGGUGAUGCAAUUUGGUGAAAGCUGUGACUUUUGAUUAGCAGUUGUUGCUUUGGUGUAUCUGCAGGAGCUGUUUACAAGGCGGGCAUCAGACUGCAUUACGGGCCUCUGUAAACAAACACAUUCCAGUGUUGCAGGCCAGUGCGCAUCCGCUGACUCUCUGCCGGUAGAUGCUCUUUUCUCUGACGCUCUUCCUGUUGAGGCUGUAUCGACAACUCUCCAUCAUGUUCAGCUCGGACAGACUCACAGUCCCAGAUUAUGUCAGCCGGCUGCAGAGAGGAAGGAGCGGCUCCGGAGGCGACUCCAAGGCAGUUUCUCCCGGUAUCAACGCCGACGUCCAGGCGGUCUUGGACACCUCACUCCCCGCCCUGCGUUCCGCCAUCAGGAGGCUAAAGUCGUCCAAGGAAAGCUCCGAGUCAGAUGAGACCCGCAGGGCAGUGGCUGAGAUCUAUCAGCUGGUCGAGGAGGCCUGGGUUCUACCCACAGUUGGCCGUCAGGUGGCCGAAGAGAUCUGCAACAGGAUCCGGCUGGAUGGAGGCCUGGAGCAGCUACUUCAGCUCCAACAGACACCUACUGUGGAGAUCAUCUAUGAGUCUGCAAAACUGCUGGAGCAGAUACUGAUCUCAGAGAACAGGGACUAUGUUGCACGCAUGGGUCUGGGGGUCAUCCUCAACCUGACUCGACAGCAGGAAGAUGCCCAGCUGGCCCGCAGUGUUUCUGGCAUCUUGGAGCAUAUGUUCAAACACACAGAGGAGACAUCGGUCCAUCUCAUCUCUAAUGGCGCACUGGAUGCUCUCCUCUUUUGGUGCCGCGGCACAGACCCCACUGUCCUGCGUCACUGUGCUGUGGCCCUGGCAAACUGUGCCAUGUACGGUGGCCACCGCUGCCAGAGAUGGAUGAUUGAGAAGCAGGCGGCUGAGUGGCUGUUCCCUCUAGCUUUUUCCAAAGAGGAUGAGCUAAUUCGAUUCCAUGCUUGUCUGGCUGUAACUGUCUUAGCCGCAAACCGAGAAAUUGAGAAAGAGGUGGUGAAAUCCGGAACCUUGGAGCUGGUGGAACCAUUCAUUGCAUCUUUGGAUCCAGAUGACUUUGCACGGAGUUUAUUGGACAGUGCAGACUGCAUGCAAGGGAGGACUGCAUCUGAUCUGCAGCAUCUCUUGCCAUUACUGGAUGGCACAAGAGUGGAGGGAAAGUGCAUUGCAGCCUUUUAUCUUUGUGUUGAGGCCAGCAUAAAGUCCCGUCAGCGCAACACCAAGAUAUUUCAAGAAAUUGGUGCAGUGCAAAGCCUGAAAAGAAUAGUCAUGUACUCCAGUAAUGGUACAGCUUGUGCUCUUGCCAAGCGAGCGCUGAGCAUGAUGGGAGAAGAAGUGCCGAAACGAAUCCUGUCAUGCGUACCCAACUGGAAAACCUGUGAAGUGCAGAUGUGGCUGCAACAGGUUGGCUUUAGUGCCUUCUCUGACCGUUUUCAGGAGCUUCAAGUGGAUGGAGACCUCCUGCUGAACAUCACAGAUCAGGAUCUGAGCUCUGAUUUAAACAUGGCUGCAGGCCUCACCCGCAAAAGGUUUCUAAGAGACUUGCGUGUCCUGAAAACAUAUGCCAACUACUCCACAUGUGACCCAAACAACAUGGCUGACUGGCUGGCUGAGGUGGACCCUCGCUUUCGCCAGUACACCUAUGGCAUGGUGCAGUCAGGAGUGGAUCGCAGCAGCAUACAGAACCUGACUGAUCAGCAGCUCCAGCACGACUGCCACAUAGACAAUGGAGUCCACAGAGCAAAGAUACUUUCUGCCAGCCACAAACCUCUAAAACCAUCUCAAACAGAUGCCCAGCCUCUGGGACCCGACGUGUUCAUCAGCUACCGUCGGACUACUGGCUCCCAGCUGGCCAGCCUGCUGAAGGUGCAUCUGCAGGUGAGAGGAUACAGCGUCUUCAUAGAUGUGGAGAAGCUGGAGGCCGGGAAAUUUCAGGACAAACUCAUUCAGAGUGUACAGAGGGCCCGUAAUUUCAUCUUGGUCCUGUCUGCUAAUGCACUCGACAAGUGCAUGGAUGAUACUGGCAUGAAGGACUGGGUGCAUAAGGAAAUAGUCACGGCCCUGGCUGGGAAAAAGAACAUAGUUCCCGUCACGGAUAACUUCAUGUGGCCCGACCCCAUGUUACUGCCAGAAGACAUGAGAGCUAUUCUCAACUUUAAUGGCAUCAAAUGGUCUCAUGAAUAUCAAGAGGCCACAAUUGAGAAGAUCAUCCGAUUUCUGAAAGGACAUCAAGACCUAACUGACAGUCCAGAUGGCUCCAAAGGACAAAAGACGAAAUAAACUGACACAAAUGCAGUUUGAUCGCAGCUGUAACGACUAUUCAUGAUGCCAACUUCCCCAUAUCCUUCUGAGGAGAGUCUGGAAGUUUCCCCGCUAUGACAACCGCAUGUGAAGUGAAAGAUGACAUUUAGAUUCCAUGCUCACAUAAAUGAAUGGAGGCAGUAAUUUAAUCUAUAACCAGUAAAUACCAUUAAAAAGGAUGUUUCUGUUUAUAUGUAAAGAGCUGUAAGCCUUUGAUGUAAGUGCCCACAUAUUAUUGUAUAUGUAACCAGGUUUAGUAUACGCCUUCUGUAUCUCAGGAAAAUAACUGAUAAACCAGCUGUCAUUGGCACCUAGCAACAUCAAGCAAUUUCUGAGCACCAAAUAUUCAGCCUCCACCAGUUACUGUAAUGCAGUUAUCUUUUGUUUAACCUGUAUACUGUAUAAUAAAUAGUCCAAAGCAGGUCUCUGGUCUUAUUGCCAUUUUUAAGCUUAAAAAAAAAAGCCUUUCUUUGUAAUGAAAAUGUGAGUGUGAUCCAAGCUGCAGGCAUGAUGUCAUCCUGCACAGGAAUAGAUGAGUCAUCUCCAAUUUAAUUUCAAAUGUGUAAAUGCAUUGAAACAUUCACUACCAGUCCAAAUUUCCCAUUAAAUCUAACGGGAAAGUGUGUCCAAACAUUUGAAUGGUACUGUACAAGUAUUUACUGUGGAAUUAUUUAUGUGCUUAAUGACUGAAUAAAAUCAAUAAACAUC